CUCCUCCUAAGCCCACUGUGACCCUGCAGCCAUCCUGGACUCAGAUAUACAGCGGUGAGACAGUCACUGUCAGAUGUGAGAUUCAGGGAGGUGAAGGAGCUCAAAGGACGUAUGAAUGGAGAAGAGACCAGUCAAGCACACGUUCAGCAUCCAAUGAAUACACAUUUAGAAGCGUUACUGAGUCUGACAGUGGAGGAUACAGCUGCCGGGGCACACGAGGCUCUUUCUGGACUGAGUGGAGUGAUGUCAUCACAUUGACUGUAUUACCUCCUCCUGAGCCCACUGUGACCCUGCAGCCAUCCUGGACUCAGAUAUACAGCGGUGAGACAGUCACUGUCAGAUGUGAGAUUCAGGGAGGUGAAGGAGCUCAGUGGACGUAUGAAUGGAGCCCAGCCAAGUUAAACACACCUCCAACAUCCAGUGAAUAUACAAUCAUCACAGUUACUGAGUCUGAAAGUGGAGAAUACAGCUGCCGGGGCACAAGAAGCUCUUCCUGGACAGAGUGGAGUAAUAUCAUCACACUGAAUGUAAAACCUCCUCCUAAGCCCACUGUGACCCUGCAGCCAUCCAAGACUCAGUUAAACAGCGGUGUGAUAUACAGAGGUGAGACAGUCACUGUCAGAUGUGAGAUUCAGGGAGGUGAAGGAGCUCAGUGGACGUAUGAAUGGAGACCACAGAGCUGCUGA